CCAGGAUUCAAGCAGUGAUGAGAAACAUAUGACCGCUCAACUCCUGACAAGUGUAUUUAUGUCAUCACUGGACGUUUUCUGGAGCUAAAUAAGGAUAACUCACACUUCUCAGGUCUUGGCCAUCUAAUAAGUCACUAAAACCUUUGCAAUGAGAGUACUUUUGUUGUUCCUCGUACUGUUGCUGUGCCAUGCAAAACCAUACAAGCCAAUAAACAUCAUGGAACUGAUGAAGAUCCAUGACAUCAUGCAACAAGACAGGGAUGAUGACGAUGACAACGACGACAAUGAUGACUAUGUUUAUAACUUUAAAGACAACUUUAUUUCAGACUGUCCCUUUGGUUGCCAGUGUUCCCGAAGGGUAGUUCAGUGUUCAGAUCUAGGUUUGACAUCAGUGCCAAGUGACAUUCCAGUGGACACAUUAAUGAUUGACCUCCAAAACAACGAUAUUACUCAAAUCAAGGAGAAUGACUUCAAAGGACUAAAUAAUCUAUAUGCCCUGUUUCUGGUCAACAACCGAAUCUCAAAGAUUCACCCGAAGGCUUUCAAAAACACAAAAAAACUCCAGCUUCUCUACUUGUCAUAUAACCUUCUAACACAAAUACCUGAAAGCCUGCCAAAGAAUAUUCUGGAACUAAGACUCCAUGACAAUAAAAUAACCAAAAUCCAAAAAGAAGCAUUCAAAGGGAUGCAAUCUCUGCAUGUUCUAGAAAUGAGUGCGAAUCCAAUUGCCAACAGUGGGAUUGAACUAGGAGCAUUCAAUGAUAUGGCAACCCUUUACCUGAGAAUUGCAGAAGCAAAGCUCACACAAGUGCCUAAAGAUCUUCCCUCCUCUCUCACUGAACUUCAUCUGGAUUAUAAUACAAUUGCCAAAGUUGAAGUGGAAGACUUCAUUCGAUAUAAAAAUUUACUGAGGCUGGGACUAGGUUAUAACCAGAUCAAGUUUGUGGAGAAUGGGAGCUUGGCAAAUAUUCCCAAAAUCAGAGAAAUGCAUCUGGAUAACAACAGACUGAAAAGGGUUCCCCCGGGUUUGAAUACACUUAAGUAUUUACAGGUGGUGUACCUCCAUGGUAAUAGUAUUAACAGUGUGGGAGUGAAUGACUUUUGCCCAACGAGAGCCAAGGCCAAGAAGGCUCUCUAUACAGGCAUCAGCCUAUUUGCCAAUCCAGUGAAGUACUGGGAAAUUCAACCACCCACCUUCCGCUGCAUCUCCGGCCACAGAGCUGUGCAGCUUGGCAAUUUUAGAAAAAAGUGAGCCUCACUGACUAUAUUCAGAAUAUUCUUCCACCAGAGGGCAGAAAUUCAGCAUUUUUAAAUUGUAAUUAAACAGGGAUCACAUAUCCUCAGUAUGUUAAGCUGCACUGCACAUCCAGUGCGCCACCUGCUGGUGAAUAAGCAGUUUACUUGAAAAAUGUAUUGUGUAAACAAUGAAAAAUUCUAUACCAAGAUAUAAAACAGGGAUUUCUCAUUUUUAAAAUCUGAUUAUGCUCAUUUAAAUUUUAAUUAGGUUCCACUAUAUAUGCUUUUACAAUUAAUGUUUAUGUUCACUGAUUCAGGAGAUCUAUUUACACAUUCAUACAGAAUCUCUUGGCCAACACUGUUGUUAGUAACUAAUAUAGUUCCAUCACAAGAGGAACAUCAACAUCUUUUGAUGUUCAGGUUUAGAUUUUAUUAAUUGUGAAAUCAGACAUUGUAAAAUAAAUUUUACCUGGCCAGUUUAUCUGUGUGAUUGUUAAGUACAUUAAACACAUGUUAGGUAUAUGAUAAACAGUAUCUAUUGCAAUGAACUACAGCCACAACAGCAGCAAACCUUUGUUGAAAGAACCAUAUUGUAAAUCUGAAAAUUAACAGUAAAUAAAUGGCAGGUGCAUCUGCCAUCUACAAAAAGGUAUUCAGUGCCAGAUAUAGGGACCAUGAAAACUAAAUGGUUGUGGGGGUGUAAGUGUGUGAUUAACCACGCGAUUUAGUUGGGGGGAGGGGACCUGGCAACUCCUCAGUCGACUGCUAGACUAAACACGUCUGUUCCACGCUCAUCAUCUGCAAUAACGGUGGUGAGAAAGUGGACUUUCAAAAGGACUUUCCACAUACUGAAUAUAUGGUGGUAUUUCAAAAGUUAACUCACAGUGACCAAAACACCAGAAAACAUUAUUAUUUUUUUUUUUACGUUUCUAUUGCAUAUAAUGUAGUUUAAUUAUACUGGCUGAUGCAUUGCACACUGGCUUGAGAGAACCACAUCAUAGUCUUCAGAAUCAAAGCCUACUUCAGAACUGAUUUACUGUUGCACCCCAAUUUGCAUAACUCAGGAGUAUUUUACAAGCCGGAAAUGUAAAUUACUUUGUUUGGAGUGGUUAUUGCAAAGCAUGGGCAUAACUGAUUACGUUCAUUCAUCCAUU